AUGCGCUCGACAUACGAGAAUGACUCGCUCUCGUUCCCGACGCGAAGGGAACUGUUAAACCCAAAAUUCGAAUCGUACAAGUUGACGUCACCGCCUGCCGGCUCGAGCUCUUUGUCCUUCGCAUUGCCAGAACCGGGCCUUGGGGUUCGGACCCUUGCGGACCACACUCGACUAUCGUACCAUCAAGUUCAGUAUCGGGCACGACACAGUCACCUCUACCCUGGACUAGACGGCGAUGCAAUCUAUAUCGACGCUGCGGGCCGUGUGCUAGCGAUCGAGCUCGGUCAGGUGAGUUUCAAACGGGGGGAGCUCGCCAUCCUCAUGCUGUAUCGCCCCUGGAAUGCUGUUGUCACUUCAUAAUACGCUUGAUCUGAUCAGAAUCUCGCUUCGCUUGCCGAUGCCGGAUGCAGGCUGUAGAACACGGGCCCAAGUUCCAUCACCUGCUCACGCUCGCCUCACCCACAGCAAGCCUGACCUACACUCGGGAUGAGUUGGAAUAUGCCGCAGGCGUGGCAAUAGCACCUCGUCGUUGGGUCGUAUCGAGCGGGGAUGGUCGCUUGUCAUCAAUUGCGGUUGAGAAGAACGCCCUCAACUGGAAAGGCACGAUCGAGGCGACCUAUGAGUUGCGGCUCGAGGAGCAACUCGAUGUCGAUCGUGCUACGCCGUUCCAAUUGCACGCUGCAAACGAGGAUACAUCCUCGAGCUCAAUCUUUGCAUUGCUAUCUGUCGCCAUCAAGUCUCCGAGGACUACUGGGCCUCCAAGCUCGGCCGGUGCAAACCACAACCCCGACACCGGGUUUGCGCCGGCGCCAGGGACCCGAGUCCGACCGGCUUCCACUACGAUCUUCGAAUACAUUUGCGUGCGCCUGGACAGCACCGAGACGACCGGAAUAAGAGAUCCAGUGCCUCUCACAGUGCUUUGGCGAGCCACCGGGGAUGACCUGCCGCACUUCGUGCAUUUCGAACCGACCCUCCAGCGAUAUUGCAUCGGCUCCACCGCGCCGAUCCAGCCAUCCCCUUUGGUGUCAGAGCAAACAGGAACUGAACGGGGCUCUACGGAAUUGAGCGUCGCCGAAAAUGACCAGAAGGAGGGUCCGCACCGAAGAAAUGAAUUUUCGAGGAACAAGGACGCGUCGCACGUUUUGCCCCAGCCGUUUUCGUGGACCCAAGAUUCGGACUCCGUCACCGUCGCCUUUGCGAUUCCGUCGGACGUUCUGACUUCGAGCAUAAGAAUAACGUUCUCCAGGCAGUACAUCACCCUUUUCAUAACAAGGGUCCGAGCAUCCCUACGCUGGUCGCUCAACGCUCCCGAUGGCACUCUCCUACGCAUCUCUCACAAAAAGCUAUGGGAUCUGAUCGAUCCUCAUACCAGCGUUUGGACCUUUGACCGCGAGGCCGAGGGCCGAGAUUCGACGUACGGCAUCUUGAGUUUGCAUCUCGAGAAGGCUCAUCCCGGAACACGAUGGUCCGAUGUCUUUGCGCCCACUCUUCCGGCCGCGCAGGGGGCGCGGCCCCCAGAGACUUGUUCUGACGCUGCUCAAACCCGCAUUGUCGGGAUGCAGGAUGACGAUAAUCCCGAAGAUGACGACACCCGCGAAGCCAGGUACCAAAUGUGGCUCGAGAAUGUGCCUGAAACGCUGGACGCAUCGGAACUUGCAGGCAUCGUGGAUGGAAUGGAGCAAUGGCACCGUGAUUUUGCCGAAGUACAUGGAGGCAAAGGCAUCAUCCAAGAUCAAGGCUUCGGAGACGGCGCGCCAGCGACUCUGAACGGUGACGAAAUGGAUGUCGAAGUCGACGGUGAAGUAGGAAAGCCUCUUGUGGUGAGCUGGAUUGACUGUCCGUGGUCCACGACGCCUCGGAUCGACCAUCCGCAUCCUACGGUCAACUUCAGCCUCCUCUCCACCGGCUUGCCCAUCGCCGUAUCGUCUCCGACUGUCGACAAUCGCACCGAAUUGCUUAGUCGGACAGGGCUUGUCAUCAAGCACAAUGUCGAUGGAGCCUUAUUUGUACCUCCGAGUAGCGAAGAUGCAAAGUUGACUACCUGGACACACCACUCGACGUUCCCCGCUCUGGCGUUCGUGCUCGCGACCAAGACGAAUGCGAGUUUUGUUACACACGUGAGCGACCAAGCCGUUCUCGCCUUCGACAGCCCCUCACCUUUGGCUGUUGAUCCCAGUGCAACAGUAUCGACUCGCAACCUCUUUGUGUAUCGCGUGCCCGCGAAUAUUAAGGACAGAACGAGUCAGCAGAUGGUACUUAGGAUAGGGGAGGCCCCUGAUGGGGCGUUGCUGGGGGUGAUUGGGAUUUGUCGGCCCAAUGGAUCUGCCGUUUCCGUGGUGGCUCUCUGUGAGCAGUCGUUGGUCGUUUUCAGAGACUUGAUCUAA